GUAGAUGUUCUUUCAGUGUGAAACGGAUUGAGGAAAGUUUUACAACAAAGGUCUGACCACUAUUCUUCAACAUGACAAUAAAUGUUGUUGGACUAGUCGUGCUGUUAGUGUUUUACAUUGUGAUUUUGAUUGUUGGUGUUGCGGCCGCACGUCGUAAGAAAAUGUCCACCAAAGUGACAGCAAUGGAAUCGUCCAUUGUGGCAGGCAGGGACCUUAAUACUGUUGUUGGAAUUUUUACUGUAACAGCUACAACAGUGGGUGGAGGUUACAUAAAUGGAACAGCAGAAUCCAUAGCAACCAGUGGUCUUGUAUGGACCUUAGCACCAUUUGGAAUAUUUAUUGGACUUAUUUUAGGUGGUUUGUUGUUUGCCAAGAAAAUGAGAGACCAUAAUUACCUGACCAUGCUGGACCCAUGUCAAGAGGUAUAUGGUAAUGCCUUGGUGUUUAUGGUGUACCUUGCAUCCUUAUGUGGAGAUAUAUUUUGGACUGCAUCCAUUUUAUCAGCGUUAGGGACAAGCUUAAGUGUAAUUGUCAAUAUUCCUUUGACUGUUGCUAUAGUUACAUCUUCUGCAGUAACUAUAAUUUACACCAUGAUUGGUCAGAUGAUUUCUGUAGCGUAUACCGAUAUAGUGCAACUAAUGUUUAUUACAUUUGGAUUGGUUCUCAGUUUACCAUUCAUACUGACCAAUGAGAAUGUCGGAGAUAUAAGCAUAUCAGCUGAUACUUGGGUUGGAACUUUUGAUAUUUCAUUUGCGGGUCAGUGGUGGGAUCUCUUUGUUGCCAUGACACUGGGAACGAUUCCGUGGCAGUCAUAUUUCCAGAGAGUACUAUCAGUGAGGUCAGGAAGGCAGGCACAGAUGUUGUCUGUUGUUGGAGCAUGCAGUGCUGUAAUUCUUGUGAUUCCAUCUGUGGUUAUAGGAGCUGUGGCUACAAAUGCAGAUUGGAAUAAGACAAGUCUUGGCCAGUCACCUAUGGAUCUGAACCAGGGCAGUAUGGUACUUCCCCUUGUUUUACAGAAUUUUACACCAAAUAUUGUAGCAGUGAUUGGUCUAGGUGCAAUUUCUGCUGCAGUAAUGUCAUCUAUGGACAGUUCCAUUUUAGGAUCAAGUUCCAUGUUUACAUACAAUAUCUAUGCUCAACUGUUUAGAACCAAGGCAUCAGACAGUGAAUUACUAUGGAUACAGAGGCUAGCCAUUUUAUUUGUUGGAACCUUGGCGACAGUCAUAUCUAUAUUUGUUCCAAUUGUGUACGGAUUAUUUAUUUUAGCAGCUGACAUUGUAUUUGUGAUUGUACUGCCCCAGUUAUUGUGUGCUGUAUAUUUCAAAUGGACGAACAGUUAUGGUGCUAUUGUCGGAUACCUCGUAAGUGUGACAUUGAGAAUCGGCGCAGGAGAGCCUACCAUCAACUUUCCAGCAUUUAUUUUUUAUCCUGACUAUGAUGUCGAAACAGGACAAAACUUUCCAUUUCGAACAUUUGCCUUUGUAACUUCUGUACUAUGUAUUGUUAUGGUUUCAAUAAUAACAAGAUGUUCACAGAAAAUUGUGAAGUCUAAGACUAAAUAUAAUGUGUCGAAAGCGAGUGGAUCAAAAAGCAACAAAAAUAUACUAAAAGUACAAACAUUGAAUGGACAAUGACACUGCAUAGAACUAGGAGUCUUAGAUAUUUAUCAUAUAUUUUGAUAUUGAUUGCUGUAAAUGUAAAUCAUUAAUUAGGAGGAUAAAUUUAUUAGUCUGAUUCUUAUACC